UGAGUUAUCUCAUAGUUUUCCUUGUCCACCAUUUCAGGAAACGAAACUGAGGACGGGGAAAUCGAGGGGAGUGACGAGUUAGAAGGCUAACCAUUCAAUUGGGGUAUAAGUUUUAGAUUCUAUCAUCCUUUUGUAAGGUUGAUUUUAUUCAUGAGAUUUUGUGAUUUGGAUAAGUUCCGAGCCUUGUGCAUUCGUGGGACCCAUCUCACGAGUGUACGGCGUCUAUCGCGCCUCGGAUUUGGGUUCUGUGGCGUGACAGAUUUAGUGGUAUCAGAGCUUAGAACCGUGGUGAGAGGAGUGAUGGGGUUAUGCAAGGGACGAUUCUGAUUUGUGUUGCUUGAAUUUUUGAUCCGCUUUGAUGAGAUAGUAAUUCAGUUAGCUCCUGUUAUCUGCCGUUGGUGAGCAUUUUUGGAAUUAAUCUUGCUCACUAUGCUCUUAGGACCUUGUUUGGAGCUUGGUCCCUUGUGAUAAUGUGCUUGUUUUGGUUGUGGCAGGAUGUAUAAGGCCUUCCACAUUAGGUCUGUUUGUUUGAGUAUUCAUCUGGGCAUUCAUACAUGAAUGCAACAAACAUACAUGAGCAUAUACAUGGGCAUUCAUGCAUGCACAUUUGGGCAUUCAUACAUGCAUGCAUAAAGGCAUUCAUUCAUACAUGCAUAUGCAUGCAUUCAUCCGUUCAUGAUUCUGAGUAUCCGAGUGAUGUUUAUCCGUCUCGGAUGGAGUUCCAUCUUUUAGUUGGACUCAUCAUUAGAUUCCUUGUUAUGUGGUUGUGUUUGAUGAGUGCCGGGUCUUGAUUUGAGUCAAAGGUACCACAUAAUCACGCCAAUAACUCGUUUAAUUACUUGUGUUGAGGCGUGAAGUUAUCUCUCGCUUCCCAAAUGGCUAUUGGGGAGGGUGGAGAUUGAGAUUAUUGUUGGCUUGUUAGAGCAGUGAUGAGUACCCAGCCCCAGUAAAGUGAGUCUGACUAUUGUACCCUUGUACUUGUUAGUCGUGUAUUGUAAGAUUGAUUUCCUUGUUAUUGUUGUGGUUUGAUAUCAGAGUGGUGCAGCGGAAGCGUAAUAGGUCAUGUUUUGACCAUAGAAAGUCGAUGGGGCAAUGUUUUGUCUUAGAUUGUGUGAAGCCAUUCACCAGUCUAGACAAUCUUAGAUUUGAGUUUUGGGGACAAAACUCCUUUUUAGGAGGGGUGGAUGUAAUAUCCCAA